UCCAUGCGUGACUUUACAGUUGGGUCCCCCUGCGUGGCCCCACGAUCUAACUGCGUUCUCAGUUCAGGUCCCCUCCAAGGGUUGCCAGGGUUGCCAAGGGCGCUAGGUUUCAACUGGUUAUAACCGCAGUUCUCUGAACCUCUGGCUUCGGGUUACUGAAAUUUUCCCCUUUAAAUCGGAGGUUAGGCCUCCGAGCAGGCUGAAGCGCCAAGAAAGAACUCCCUCGCGAGUCCUUCCAACGGCCCUGAAUCUGCCCCCACGAUGAGAAAGACUUUGAGCUUUAGCGGCAAGAAAGGGCAGUCUCCAUCUCGCUCCUCCGCCACCCCUCGGAGGGACUGCUGGUUCCCAGAGUCCGACACCAACGCAGAAUAUCUGAUCCAGGACAAGGACUUCGGGAAGCUCCACAAAGCUGCCUCGGUCGGGGAUGUGGCGCAGGUCCAGCAGAUGCUACUGGUCGGGAAGCAGGAUGUGAAAGAUACUGAUGAAGUGAAACACUUCUCUGACAAACCAGGGGCUGAUGAUUCCUCACCAAUCAUAGAUGAGGAAGAAUUAGAUUUUACUGAGAAGAAACCCUCUGAUUUGAACUUAACCAAAAUAAUAAAUGUUUCUCAGCAAAUAAAAAAAAUGGAUGAAAAGAAUAGCAUGGUGAGCACAGAACAAAUACCAUUUUUUGGGCAUCAUCAGUCAACUGUUGAAAAAAAAGAUAUGACAGAUUCCCCUCCUAAGCCUUCAUCUCAAGCCCAGUGCUCCCCUCAUUCUGUUCAUCCCUCAUCUAGCUCCUUUUCGAAGCCUUCCUGUAUGAUAUCCACUCUGGCCAUUGAUAAGGAAGAAUCAAUACACUCAAAGGAGGAAGAAAAGGAAGAUAAUGUAUUAGUUGAUGAGGAAACUAGAAAACAAACAUCUCAUAAAACUCCAAAUAUUCCUAAAGAACAUAGUACAUCAGCAAAAAGUGGGCUUAGAAAAGAUAGGAUGUCAACAUCAGUAUUGGAAGAGGAAGAAGAUACAGAAUCUUCCCCUUGGGAUUCAGAGUCUAUUUCUGAAAGUCUCCCCAAAGAACCUACUAUGCAUAUGCUUGCAUCCACAAAUCAAACAAUAAAAGACAGUAUUUCAAUGGGACAACUUGAAGAUCAGUCUAAGGGAAAUUCCAUUUGGAAGCCCAUUCAACAUACUCUUGAAAUCAAAGAUUCUUUCACAAACCAAGAAAUAGAAAAGGAAGUUAAAGAAAAACAAAAGUCAGAUUCAACACAAGAAUUGGAAUUUAAAGGACUGUCAGAGGGAGGCCGAGAAUGUUUUGAUAAAAGUGACCAGAAACAGGUUAAAGAGGAAAUGAAAAAGCAUCAACACAAUGAAGUGGAAACAUUGAAGGAAAAAGACGGUGAUAAAUUUACUGAAAGUAGAACAACUGGCAAAGUUAAUGAGUUAUUUUCUAUGGAGAGCAAUCAGCAUGGUAAACAUGAGGAAAAUAAAAUCCCUGGGGAAAAAAUUCCAAUAAAGAGCAUUUCUUUUUCAAAGGAAAAUUCAGUACCUGUACAUUAUUUUCUAAAAGGGAAAAAUGUAAAAAAGCCUCAAAAUGAUAAAUGGAUUGUCAAGGAUCCUGGUAUGACUUCAUCUCCUAAAAAUGUGAAUUCCUCAUCUGGUAUCCUACACCAUAGUCAUGACAGCAGUUUAAGUGAAGCAGAUCAUUAUGAAUUAAGGCCUGAAAAGAAAACAUUGGAUAAAAAGAAUAAGGAUAGUGUAUUGAUGUGUUCAGAUUAUCUUGAUGAUCUUACUCAGUCAUCUGACAUAGCUACAGAGGAUUAUGAUUUGCCUCCCUCAAACUAUAAGAAUAUUACAUUAUUGAUUGAACAACUUAGUGUUGAUUGUAAAGAUUCUGUUCACUGUCUGAAAAUUCAGGAUGCAGUUCUUAAAUAUGAACGAUCAGUAGAACUUAAAAAAGCACGAUUCAUAGAACUUGAAAGAAAAGUUAAGAGUUUAGAAAACAAGAUUACUGGACUACUGGAAGAAUUAUCAGAAACAAAAAAAAUAAAAUCCCAGUUAGAAUAUCAAAAAGUAGAAUGGGAUAGAGAACUCUACAGACUCAGGUUUGCACUAAAACAAGAGAAAGAAAAGCACUCAAGUACAGAAAUGCUAUUUGAAAAAAUUGGGGAGCAAUUAAAAAGAAAAGAAGAAGAAUAUAGUAAAGAAGUAGAUUUAAAACAUCUACUUGAAUUCAAGCUUAGAACUUUGGACCAAGAACUGAGAACAGUAAGAAAUAAUUUUAAACAGGUUGAAGAAGAACGAAAUAAUGCUCAAAGACAACUUUCUCGAGAGCAAAGUGCCAGAGUUUUACAAGAUGGAAUUCUGAAUAAUUAUCUUUUGAAGCAGAAGGAAAUUGAAGCAGCUGCUUCCAAAAAGAUUCAGAGUUCUGAGGGUCAAGAAAAUGAAAAAUGUCUGCUGCAUAAAAACCAAACCCUACAAGAUGAAGUUGUGAAACUUAAACUGGAACUAGAAACAUUAAAAAUUAAGAAUCAGGAAAAAGAAAAUCGAUAUACUGAAGAAAAUGAAGUUUUAAAAAAAAACAUUGAUGAAGUUCAAAAGGAAUUAACACUGAAAGAAGAAGCAUUACAAGAAAAAAUAUUCCAAUACAGUGGACAAGUAAAUGUUCUAACAACUGAGAAGGCAAUGCUGAAAUCUAGAAUGGAGAAUGAAAAACAAAAUAGAGAGAAACUAGAGAAAGAAAUUGAAUCAUACCGUUCCCGUUUAGAUUCUGCUAUUCUUAAUCACAAACUAAGUCAGACUUCAAAACUAGACCUUGAACAUACUUUUCAGCGAGAACGAGAUGAGUGGCUUCGUUUAAAGGACAAACUAAAAGCUAACAAUGGUGUCCUUUCUCAAGAGCUUUCUAAAGCUGGAAGAAAAGUUAAUAGUUUAGAAAAUGAGCUACACCAAGUACAUGAUUCCCUCAGAGAAAAGACCCUAGUUUUAGAAAGCACACAGAAACAAUUAAAUGAAACGCAACAUAGAGCAAAGGAACUUGAACACACAAAUGAAAUGGAUAAGGAAAAACUGAACAAAUAUAUUGUCAAACAACAAUCCAUCCAAGAAAAAUUAGCGAAAAUCCAGGGUGAAAAUAGAUUGCUUCUACAACAUCUUGAAGAUACUCAGAACAAAGAUGUCGUUAUAGAAAAGGUAGUAAAUGAUGUCCAGGUUGAGUUUAGGGAUCUCUUCAAUAAACUUCUUACUGAUACUGAAGAACAAAUUCAUGUAGUAGAAGAGAGAAAUAAAGAGUUAAUCAAUGAAUGUAACCACUUACGAGAGCAAAUGCAUAAAUAUGAAAAUGAGAAAACAGAAAGAGAGAGUACAAUAAGAAAGCUUCAACAAGAACUUGCUGAUUCCCUAAAAAAACAAUCUGUGACUGAAGCUUCACUAGAGGCUACAACGGGUCAUCGAAAUGAUUUGGAAGCUAAGAAAAAGCAACUACAGAAGGAAGUAUAUCAUAUCAACAGUAAACUGCAAGAAUCUCAAGAACGGCACACACAGUCACAGAGAUCUAUUAAUGAAUUAGAAGGUCAUAUAGAAAAGUUUCAAAUUGAAAAUGCCACUUUGGAAGCUACAGUAAAACAGCAAUUGUGUAAAAUUGAAGAACUUCAGAAAAAUAUUUUGUAUUCUACUUCACUUGGUACUGAAAGUGAAAAAUUUAAGAAAUUCAUUGAGAUGAAGCAAUUCCUGGAAAAGCGUCUAGAGCAAGAAGUAAAGAGAAAUUAUGAGUUACAGAAAGAUGUCAAUAGAUUUAAACAGCUAUUGAAAACAACAAAAAAGAAAUUAAGAGAAUAUGAAAAAGGAUAUGUUGUUUUCCAGGAAGAACUGAAUCAAACACAUUCUGAAGUGGAUAAACAAAUUAAUAGGUUAAAACAUAAGAAUGAAGACCUCACACAACAAUUGGAAGCAACAUCUUCGAAAUGUAUACAGUUGGAAUCAAUGAAUAGAAGUCUUCAAGAAAACUUAUUUUCUAUGAAAAGCUUAGAAAAGAAAUGUGACAACUUGGACAAGAAUAAAAGACAAUUGGAGGAGGAAGUAGUUAAUCUUAAACAUCAUUUAGAGAUUACUAAAAUACAACACAGUCAAGUAUUACAGUAUAAACAGGAGAUUGAAGAACAAGCAAAGCAGGAGAUUGCAGAAAAACUAAAAAAAGUCAAUCUAUUAUUACAGAAACAAGCAAUAGCCCAAGAUUACUUAGAACAAUCAAGAGAAACUAACAAUGUUUUAAUAAGAAACCAAAUGGAGCAUCGAAUUCGAGAUUUGGAAGCUGAGUUCUCCAAAAUGAAAAACUCACGUGAAGACUGUAAGGCAGAACUGGAUAGCUAUAAAAAGCUUUAUUGUGAAGAAUUAAAACUCAAAGAAACAUUAUCAAACAAAUUAGAUGGAACUAAUGAGAGAUUAGCUGAGAUAAGUUCCAGACUACUGAAUGAAAAACAAAAAAGUCCAACUUUAAUCAGCAGACUUACUACUACUACUACAAAUCCAGCUCAAGAGUCCCCUCAUGUUGGGAUUCUUGAUAUAACUAUGGUCCUUCCUAGAAGAAAUGCAGUAUAUUCUCCUGGAAACAUAGGGUCUUCAGAAAAUGACAUGGAGGCCUACUUUGCAAAGAUGCGGGAGGAGUUGGACAAAAGUAUAAACAAGGAACUUGAUGAAGGUAAUGCUGAACUUGAACCUAGAAUUUGCUUGGCUUCUCCCAUGGGAGCUAUUUAUCAGUCCCCAAGAAUGCCAAAUCUGAAUCGAGAUCCAGUUUCCAGAGCAACUCACGAAUACUUAGAGGUUUUAAGGAAAAAUUACAUGUUUUAAAUAAAGGAAGAAAUAAUGUACACUUAUGAAA